AUUCGCACUCGCCCACGCUGCCACUGUUCGUUUGUUUUGCUCACAACAUCACACAGAAAAUUGAAAAUGGGAAAAGUUAAGAAAAAUGUGCGUGCAAAAGCUAAAAGCGCUGUGGCAGCAGUCAAACAGAAGGCACAGAACGUGCAGGCCCAGAUUAACAAGGCAUCACGAGAUGAGAGACUGCUGCAUCGUACCCUCACACCUAGAAACACUGCCACCAAGAAGGAAAAGUCGGCGCUGAAACAUAAAAAACUGCUGAAUCGUUUUGCCGAAUUAAAAAAGGAUCGCAAGGAGGAACAGGCACGUAAGCAGCGUGAGAAGACCGGAGGUGAUGUUGUGGGCAACCUAAAGCCGUUGCGCGAUGCCCUGCCCUCCUUGAAAGACAUCUACGACUUAGUCAAGAGCAAGCGCAACGCACCGGAAGAGCAACAGGUGUCGCAGGAGCCAGUAUUGAGUGCGAAACAGAAAAUAAAGAAAAAACGCACUCAACUGGUGAACCGCGUGAACUCAUUUGAAAAACUGAUCAAGGACAAAAAUUUCCGAAACAAUCCACGUGAGGUGAUUGCAGCCCACGUACGCAACAAGUACAAUCAGAUGGAUGAGGAAGACGAGUAGCAGGCACAAAUUUUGUUUCAUUACACUCGACUGAUAGGAAGAGCCGAACCACCUUAAGUUUUAAUAUAAGACAUUUAUUCGUAUUAAGUAACAUAACAUAUUGAUGAAU